AUCAGCUGUGAUGUUUAUUGCUUUGCGUUUGCAAUGUUGUGAACUUCAUCCAUAUGUUUUUAUGGUGUUGGAAAUUGAAAUGUCAAUUUGUCAGUGAAUUUUAUCAAUUUAAUAAAUAGUUUAUUAAAUUUAUGAUAAGUGGCAGUGACUUUUUGCAAUAGAUAGCACCCAGACAAAGACAUGUAAACUCAAGACAUCAAGUAUAAACGUUAGAGAUCUCUCUUGAAGUUUUGUCUGUUAUUCCUGAAAGAAACAAAAAAACUGUUUGUGUACAGCAUCUAUCUUUAGUAGAGCCCUUGUUAGUAUUCCGCUAUGGCAACCUCAGACAGCGAGGAAUUUGAAAGUGCAGACGAGAGUGUAGACGUGAAAUCAGCUGGCGGCAAGAAAGGACAGAAAGGUGCGUCAAAAAAUGAAUCAAAGAAAACAUCAUCUAAAAAACCGUCUGCCGUAGAAAUAUCAGAUUCUGCCGCAGGAGACAGUAGUGCUAGCAAACCAAGUGACAGUGUUCCAAAAUCUGCAAGCUCCAUAGACGAGGAAAAGGUCUUUGAUAUGUUUGACGAUAAAACUUCGCAAAGACCGUUAGCUAGUAAAGAAUCCGAGAAGAAUGUCACGAGUAAAACACCAACCAGGGAACCCAAACCGUCGAAUAUCGGGAAAAAGUUGGGAUCCAAACUUGGUACGUCGAUUUCAGCGAAAGAGAAAUCAUCAGAUGUCAAAUCAAAAGUAGUCGACAGUAGGAAGAAGGUUGACGAGCAACAAGGAAAGACAGAUGAGAAAGUGUGUGUUAAACAAAGUGAACCAACUGUGAAAAAAGAGGAGAGUAAACCGGAAGUGAAGUCAAACCCUGACGACGGAUGGGAACUGGAGGAUGGUUUUGAAGUUCCGGUCAGCAAUGCAUCUAAACCAAAAAAUCAGCAGGAGUUUGAGAAGGAAUUGUUUCCCGUUUUGAAUAAACUUUCUAGUCUUACAACAAAUACGAAAAAUGAGGCGGUGGCAGAGGAGAAACCCCCCACCGCAUCAGCUGACUCGGGUGGAUCAGGCUGGUCAGGGUGGGGCGGAUGGGGUGUCAGUUCGAUUCUGUCGACCGCCACAGAGGGUGUGACCACACUCACCAGUCACGUGUCGGCUGGACUCAACACUGUGCUGGAGAGUGGGCUGGGGGCGCCCGACCCCCAAGUGCUGGCUGAGGUCUUAGAGAGGGAGAAGGCCGAGAAGGAGAAGGAGGGAGAGACGAAGGAAAAAAAAGUGUCGACGACAUCGCACAACCGACAAACCGAGGCAAGCGAGCAAUCUGGUUCGGGUGGCUUCGGUGGUAUCGGCCAGCUGAUGUCCGGCGUGAGUCAGCUGGGCACGAAGGUGUUGUCGGGUGGCCUGGACACCCUGGAGACCCUCGGCAAGAAGACAAUGGAAGUGUUGCAGGAUGGUGAUCCGGGACUCAGGAAGAAACGGGCGCUCUUCUUCCAGGAUGACGAUAAACCAGUUCUGUCGCAGAUUUUGCGCGAAGCCAAAGAGACAGCUGAAAAAAGUGAUAAAAUGGAAGAAGAAAAACAAGCUGCUAAAAGAGUGCAUCUUGAAUCUCUGUUCGAUGAUUACCAAGGCUUGGUGCACCUAGAAGCCCUGGAAAUGCUCUCGAACCAGUGUCAGUUGAAGUUGCAGUCGAUCCUUCUGAAUGUGACCGGGGACGAACUGAAGGACCUGCAGGAAACCCUGGAGCAGGUGAAGGAGCUGUGUGAGCUGCCCGACGAGGAGGAGGAUGAUGACAAGGAUGACGAUGUCGAUUUUAAGGAUAAACUCACGGAGGCCGUCGGUCAGCUGUGCAAAGAUGUGCCGCAUUCCAAGGAUAUUCGAGGUAAAGUGAGUCUACGAAUAGACGCGUGGUUGAAAAGUGAGGAAGCUAAGGCUGCCUCUCGGCUAGCCGUGCAUGAGAAGGCAGUGGCGUCUAUGGCCGAAUUCACAUCUGUUUCCAUGGAGAUAUUCCACCGUGCUGCUGAGUUGUUGCUAAUUAAGACGGCUCAUAGCACCGCUACAGAGGCUGAGUGUCUGACACAAAUCACUACAAUUCUUUGCAUCCACGUGUCAAGGAUGGCAACCAAGUUCACCAUGCUGCUAACUGAGAAUUCAGAAUCCAAAGAGAAUAAUAAAAUUAUCACUACAAUUUUCAUGGAGUCCGCCCAAUGCAGUUCAUACAUCCAAGACGCCUGUAGACUGGUGGUCCCUGUACUGCAGGUUGGAGCUGCAAACUAAGCACAGCAUUCUAUUUAUGUAUUAAAAUUAAGCUAAAAUAAAUAUUAUCAAAGUAAAUUGAUAUAAAUAUAUUCUCGAUAACAAUCAACUAACAACGAUAUAUGAUAUCCUGUUAUAAUCGAUGUUCAGUCAAUUGCACAUUCCGAAAUAUUAUAACUUUUUAACGUUUUUUAAUGUAAAAAUGUUUUUAAAUUAGUCGAUAGACUGUUUUAGCUUUGAAGAGAGAUCGAUGAUUGUUAUGCAUUUGAUUUUAGUGCUCUAUAGUUGACAACUUAUUUUUAUCGUUAAAUAAUAUAAGUACAACCACGGUAUAUAGAAGAAGACGGUAGGUGUCACGCGCAUGUUUGUGCUAAAUUUCCGGUGUAGCUGACGUCAUUUUAUAUCCAAUCAUCUGUUUUUAACAAAUAAGUUUCUUAAAUAUUGCCAAUAGAUUUUGAAAACCUCGGUUGGUGGCGAUGACGCAAUCUAGCUGGCUGGCCACUGCGCAUACAUUUCGUGGCCUCUACCGUUUUCAUCUAAAUACCGUGAGUACAACUAUUAAAUCUAUUUACAACUAUGUAAAAUAGUAAGUAUCAAAUUUUGAUACUCUGAAUAAACUGAGUUGAGACUAGAGCAGAGUUUUCAAAGAGAGCUUAAGAGUAGACCUUCCAGCACCAAAUCAAAUGAAAUAAAACAAUUUAAUGAUGAAAACAUUGAAAAAUCGUAUAAGAAAAUAUCGGUGUUGUCAGAUUGAGACCUUCUACUGCAAGUCCUUGUGACUGAACAUGUUCAAUAUGACAACGUUGCAUCGACUAUAUUGUCGCAUGAGUUUGCAUGAGAGGAUCAAAAUUUCACACAAUCUGGCAACGCCGAUAUUUGAUCAACUGGAAACUUUAGGCUCAACUUAUUUAAUUCAGACUAGUAUAUAAAAUGUAAUGAAUGUUUGUCAACAUUUUAAAAAAGUUUUAUGAAAGUGUUCGUCGAUAAUAUUAAAAUAUUAUAAAGAUAUUGUAGUCUGGUGGUAUAUUUAACACUAUUUUGAUAAUAACAUUGCAUUUCUUCUAAUUUAUUACAGAAAGUUCUCUUUUAUCUUGUUGAAAAUUGAGAAAUUGAUGGUUUUGUAUUAUCGCUCUUAUAAAUUAUUUGUAUAUUAACAAGUAACAAUUUCUUGAAUGUCCCAUAAACUUAAUGAUGUAAAUUUUCUGAUAAAUCUCCAAAGAAGGUAUUUUUCAAAUUCAAAGAUGAAUCAUUGGCUCUUCAAUUUUUUCAUCUUAUUCUUAGCUAAUCUUAAACUUUGCUAAUACUGUAUAUUUGUGAACACAGGAAAAUAAAUAGGUUUAGAGAUUCUCUUUCAAUGUUGUAAUGCUUGACUCCAAUUUUUCAUUUUUUCAGCUUUGAAAAUCCUACUUUCUAAAUUUCUGAAUAUUAAAUAUGUCAGCUUCAGCUCUGAAGUUUUUCAAUCCUAGCUGCUUCUCUUCAGCUUAUUAUGCGAAUCUCAUUGGAUUUGAACUUAUCUUCCAUCUAUUAUUAGUCUUCAAAAAAUAUUAAAAAUUUUGUGCAAGAUCUUAUAAAUGUGUGCAUAAGGUUUUCUAUUUUUCCAUGAAUUGCAUGUUAUAGGCUCUUGUUGACAGAAAUAAUUAUAUUGUAAUAUGGUAAAAAAAUCACAAUAGUAAAUUGAAAGCAUUUAGAAGCUACCUAUCUAUAUCUUGUACAGUAUAAAUUAAGUAUUGUAUAAAUUAUAUUUAUAUAAUUAAAUAUCUCAUAUUGUUAUUGAUAUGCCAAUUUUGAAAUUGAACAAAAUAUAGUGCAUCUAUACUCAUACGAAAAUGAUUGAGAUGAUAUACAAAGUCAACUAACUCAUAUCAGCUAUAGCCUUAUAUUGAUGAAUAUUUAAAAAUACUUAAUAAUAUAUUAUUACUGUAUUGUUGUUGCGAAUAUUAACUAAAAAACUUGGUGUUAUAUAUUUAUGAUACUGUAAAUAUGGCUUUCAAAUUAUUGUUAAGCUCUGUAUAAAGUUGAUUUAAUUUUGCUCUUUGUAUAAGCAUGUAUUUGAAGGAUAUUUUAAAGUGUUGUGUUUUUAAUAUUUUACCAAUAAACUAUUAUUGAAUUCUUUCCAAAUAA